AAAAGAAGAGAUGAUGCUGGGGAACUUGAUUUCAGUGCCCUCCUGGAAAAGAAAGAACAAGCAGAAAAACAACAAAAGAAAAAAGGAGAUGAGGAUCCUAUGGAUAAUAUUCCUCCUCAUGUCUGGGAAAUAUUGAAAAAUGCUAAGCCAAGCGAGUAUGAAAAAAUUGCCUUUCAACAUGGUGUCACGGACUUGAGAGGCAUGCUAAAGCGCCUGAAGAAAAAGAAAGUGCAAAUUAUAAAAAGUGAAGCAUUUAAAAAGAGAUUAGAUAACUGCUAUACAGUAGACAAAGGUCAGAAGAUUAAACUUCAAGUAGAGUUGACAAACCCUGACCUGCCUGUUAAAUGGAUGAAGAAUGGGCAAGUGAUAAAACCUAGUGCCAAAUAUGUGUUUGAGAAUGUUGGUCUGAGAAGAGUACUCACAAUCAACAAAUGUAGCCUGGCAGAUGAUGCAGAAUACGCGUGUGUAGUUGGUGAUGAGAGGAGUCAAACUGAACUUUAUGUUAAAGAGCCUCCUGUUACAAUUGAGAAGCCAUUGGAGGACCAACAAGUUUUUGUGGGAGAUAAAGUGGAAUUAGAAGUUGAGGUCUCUGAAGAAGGGGCCCAAGUGACUUGGAUGAAAGAUGGAGUAGAGUUAACUCGUCAGGAGACGUUUAAAUACCGCUUCAAAAAAGAUGGUAGAAAACACAUUUUGAUUAUAAAUGAAGCUACCAAAGAUGACAUUGGACGUUAUUCAGUGAUGACCAAUGGUGGAGAAUGCGAGGCUGACCUUGUAGUGGAAGAUAAGAAACUGGAAGUCUUACAGGGCAUUGCUGACUUGACAGUAAAGGCAGCUGAACAGGCGAUAUUUAAAUGUGAGGUUUCUGAUGAGAAAGUGACCGGCAAGUGGCUUAAAAAUGGAGUGGAAAUCAGACCCAGCAAACGCAUCACAAUGACCCAUAAGGGCAGAAUCCACAAGUUAAUAAUCGAUGAUGUUAGACCAGAUGAUGAAGCAGACUACACAUUUGUCCCUGAUGGAUAUGCCUUGUCUCUGUCUGCCAAACUCAACUUUCUUGAGGUCAAGAUUGAAUAUGUCCCUCUUGAAGAGCCACCUAAAAUCCAUCUUGAUUGCUCUGGUGGAACACCUGUCAACACCAUCAUUGUUGUGGCUGGAAACAAACUACGAUUCGAUGUCCCUAUCACUGGAGAGCCUGCGCCAACUGUGGCAUGGUUUAAAGAAAACAUUGAGUUUACAGACAUUGAAGGUAGGGUGCACGUGGAAACAGAAAAAGAUCAAAGCAGCUUUGUUAUUGAUGGAGCAAAACGAGAGGAUGAAGGCAAUUAUAAAAUUGUAGUGACCAAUCCUUCUGGAGAGGAUUGUGCCAAUCUGUAUGUCAAAGUAGUAGAUAUUCCUGAUCCUCCACAAAAUAUUCAAAUCACAGGUGUUGGAGAGGACUGGGCAGAUGUUGUUUGGGAACCCCCAAAAUAUGAUGGUGGUCAACCUCUCUUAGGAUAUCUUAUUGAAAGGAAAAAGAAAGGCAGCCAACGGUGGAUGAAGAUGAACUUUGACCUUUACACAGACACAAGUUACCAGUCAACAAACAUGAUUGAAGGAGUAUUGUAUGAAGUCAGAGUCUUUGCUGUCAACUCUAUAGGCAUUUCACAGGAAGCUAAUACCACUAAUCCAUUCAUGCCAAUUGCUCCUACCAGUGAGCCUUUGCAAUUGAAAGUUGAGGAUGUCACAGAUACCACUUGCACACUGAAAUGGAGACCACCAGAUCGCAUUGGAGCUGGAGGAAUAGAUGGUUAUUUGAUUGAGUACUGCAAAGAAGGAUCUGACGAAUGGGUUGAGACCAACAAGGAGCUGGUAGAAAGAUGUGGAUACACAGCAAAGGGUCUACCAACAGGAGAAAAACUUUUCUUCCGUGUGCGUGCUGUGAAUAUUGCCGGCAAAAGUGAGCCAGCCGUUCUGGCGCAGCCAGUUACAAUUCGGGAGAUAGUGCAAUCACCCAAAAUCAGAUUACCACGGCAGCUGAGGCAGACAUUUAUUAGGAGAGUGGGAGAGCAAGUCAACCUAGUUAUUCCCUUUCAGGGGAAACCAAGACCAAAGGUUACAUGGACUAAGGAUGGCGAACAAUUAGAUCCAAAACAAGUCAGCAUCAGAAAUUCAGAAUCAGACACCAUUUUGUUUAUAAGAUCCUCUGAACGGCCUCAUUCAGGAAAAUAUGAUCUAUCGGUUCAGAUCGAAAAUAUGGUAGACACAGCAUCAGUUAACAUUCGUAUUGUGGAUAAGCCCGGUCCAGCUCAUAUUGUAAUGGUCAAGGAGGUCUGGGGCUUUAACGCUCUUGUGGAAUGGCAGCCCCCUAAAGACAAUGGAAACUCUGAAAUUACAGGAUACACAAUUCAGAAAGCUGAUAAAAAGACAAUGGAAUGGUUCACCGUAUAUGAGCACAAUCGUCAGCCACGCUGUACAGUGUCUGACCUCAUCAUGGGAAAUGAAUAUUACUUCAGAGUGUUCAGUGAGAACAUAGUUGGGCUCAGUGACACACCCGGACUCUCCAAGAACACAGCCGUCAUUGAGAAAACUGGUCUAGUCUACAAGCCUCGUGACUAUCAAGAAAUGGAUGUCUGCAUGGCUCCUAAGUUCCUCACACCUCUUGUAGACCGCAGUGUAGUUGCUGGGUAUAGCACAGCCUUAAAUUGUGCUGUAAGAGCUCAUCCAAAGCCUAAAGUGAUCUGGAUGAAAAAUAAAAUGGAGAUUAGAGAUGAUCCAAAAUUCCUCAUGAAACAUAAUCAAGGGGUUCUUACCCUGAAUAUCCGCAAACCCAGCCCAUUUGAUGGUGGAACCUACACCUGCAAAGCCAUCAACGAGUUGGGUGAAGCUGAAGUGGACUGUAGAUUGGAAGUCAGAGGUAACAUAUGUAAAUAUUUUAAAAUAGCGUUGGCUAAAAAAUGCCAGUAUAUUGUUAUGCUCAGGGGUCAGGGAUCACUAGCACAGCCAUAUAUUCACAAAAACAGUUUUAAGUUUUCCAAAAAGGCAAAUAAUGCCUCCAAGAGAAAAUUGCUUUUUUUUUUUUCAGCACAAUCUAAACCAGGGGUCCUCAAACUUUUUAAACAGGGGGCCAGUUCACUGUCCCUCAGAUAA